CCACCAAAUCCGUACCCCUCUUAAUUCAAACUUCAAAACCAGAAAAAAUACAAAACUUGAUCGCACCACGAAGCCUCCCCCUCCCACAUCUCCAUGCAUUAUUUGUGAUCGAUGAAGGUGACGAAGUAGUACUGUGUUUGCCUAACAUAUAACAAGCUUCGGUAACACAGAUAUGAAUACACCAUGAGCUCCUGAACACCAUCAUCAUCGACCUGGGUCGUAAGUUCAAAAAAUGGAGAUGCAGCGGAUGAGGGAGUUGUUGUUACUGUGGUCAUCAUUCGAAAGCAAGAGAAUGUCCCUUGUGGGUGGAAACCACACUGCUGCCAGAUUUUGCACUCGCUAAUACAAUAACCACACAACCCCUUUUCUCUCCUUCCUCUCUAACAAUCUCUACUAUUUAUCUUCUUCUGCAAGUAACAACUCUCUUAAAUUUCAACAAUACCAUCAUUAUCUUCUUGGUGUUUAAUUUCUUUCUCUUGAAUACCCUCAAGCCUAUAUCACCCUGUGACAAGUUUAUCCAACUCCAAAAUGAGGAAGAAUUUUCAGCGUUUGUUGCUUUUGGCAUUGUUUCUAGCUUCCUUCACCUUGAUAUGUUCGACCUCAACCCAACAAGAAACCAUACCUGACCCUGUUGCCAUAGGAACGCAAAGAAAACUAUUAGGGUACGUACCCGAGGCAAAGAAAGCUGCGUUGCAAAACCUAGAAGACGUGCUUCUGGAGCCCCCACGUGCGGCUUCGGGGAAAUCGAGGGUGUACUUGAAGCGUACGAGGUAUUUGCCUGAUUUGAUGGGUGAUUCGCUUGAGGGCUACCCUCGUCGCGUUUUCAUCGAUGUGGGGCUUCCAGAGAAAGAUGGAGGGAGUGGAACCGAUUGGUUUGGAAAAACAUACCCAACGAGGAACAAGAAUUUUGAGAUGUAUAAGAUAGAGACAGUGGCGGAGGGUGGCCCUCAAAUAGAGAUGUCAGAUUGGUUGAGGAAGAAUGUGAGGGAAGAAGAGUAUGUGGUGAUGAAGGCUGAGGCUGAGGUGGUGGAGGAGAUGGUGAGGAACAAGGCCAUAAUAUUGGUGGAUGAACUUUUCUUGGAGUGCAAGCCACAGCAAGGGAAUAACAAGAGGAGGAAUAGAAGAGCCUAUUGGGAGUGUUUGGCUUUGUAUGGGAAGCUGAGGGAUGAAGGAGUGGCUGUGCAUCAGUGGUGGGGUUGAUUCAAGGUUUUAAAUUUCUAUCACAAUUAAUUCAAGGUUUUAAAUUGUCAUCACAGUUGCAGUUAUGUGUUGUGAACUUUGAGAAUACUUAAAAAACCUUAACAUUAUGGCUGAAAUUGCGAUUGUAGACUGUUUUUUAAAUCCUUGGAUUGAUUGAUUUGUUUGGUGUAGAAACUUUAAGAGGGUGUUUCAGGAAUUUGUGUUUCAUAGAGACAGUGGUGUAGAUGAAGACACGGUGUUGAAGGUGAAGAGUGUUACAGAGAUUCGAGAGGGGAGGCGGCCCGGACGAUCAAAAGGCCAAGGAGUUUUAAUUUUCUCUCUUGUUCUUUUAAUUUCUUAUUUUCUUUUGUGGCUUGUGUUUUAACAUGCAGUCUAUUCAUAUAUUUUUUGCUUUGUGGAUUUGAUGAAAGAUUGAAAGGUAUCGAUUAAGAAAGGAUCAUGAAAAUAUAGUGAUCCAUCAUGGUGUUACAGUUGAGCGAUAUGUGUUCAAAGAGGGGUGACUUGUGGACACAAUUCAGAUCAUGUUGUGAUUGUUUAUAUUCUAUAGCACGUAGAUGAAGCUAUUAAUGCAUCAGUGUUAUGUAUUUUUUUAA